UGAGGUGGGCGCCCAAUAGCAGGCGGCGUAUAAAAAUCCGAGAACUCUGCCGAUUGGAGGAUCUUGCGCGAAAUCGCUUUCCUGCACCCCACAGCAAACGACAUUCCGACGGGAGAACGAUUUCCCGGUUCUUCGCUGCACAGCAUUUACGGUUCCUUGUAUACCGACAUGACGCGAUUAGCUGAGCAGAGUUUAGUUGUCUUCUGCUGUGUCACAUGCAUAUGCCUCAUUGCUGAAGCCAUCGAUUGCAGAAAGUUCGUGUUUGCACCCCGUUGCCGAGGCGUCAGUGCCAAGCGAUCCGCAAAACUGAACAAUGAAGAACUCAGAGAAUUGGGUGACAUAGACGACACGUGGAUGGAUUGGCCACGGCCAACUCAAGAUGAAAUUCCGGACUCUGCGUUCGAAAAUAGAAGGAAAACGAUAUUGCAAAAGUUACUGGAAAAAUUCAACGACUAUAGUCUGAGGGACGAGGACAACUGACACCGGACUCCGGUCUCCAACUUCUCUCUUCACCCGCUUUACCCCUGGUACAGUUUCUCGUGGAAAAAGAAAAGGAAAAACAGCUCUAAUGUUUCCCGCGCUUCUCAUUUUAGAACUAAAGGACAGACAAUCUCUCUUCCCAGCAUUCAGAUAAACAGCGUAAAACAAGCACCUGUACAACCCACAUUUUCUGAUUGGAUGGUUCAAAAAUAAAUAAUAAAUGAUUACUUUUUGAA